AUGCACUUAGACCGGCUAUCUCUGAACACUAAUACUUUAAGGGGUUACUCUGCUCUCAAGCGACGAAAGAGCAGCGGACAAAGGAGUUUGCUUCUGCUGCAGAAUUCUCUGUCAAAUAUAACGAGUUACAGCAGUGCUACACGAGGCUCCACGAGGCUCCACGAGGCUCCACGAGCUCCAGGCCAGGCCACGAGCUCCACGAGGCUCACACGCUCCACGAGGCUCCACACGGCUCCACGAGGCUCCACGCGCUCACGAGGCUCCACACAGCUCCACGAGCUCCACACGGCUCCACGAGGCUCCACACGGCUCCACACGGCUCCACGAGGCUCCACACGGCUCCACACGGCUCCACACGGCUCCACGAGGCUCCACACGGCUCCACACGGCUCCACGAGGCUCCACGAGGCUCCACGCGGCUCCACGAGGCUCCACACGGCUCUCACGGCUCACAUCAACCUUCGACCUCUACCGACCUCUCAGCGACCUCUCACCGACCUCUCAGCGACCUCUGACCGACCUCUCAGCGACCUAUCAGCGGCCUCUCAGCGGCCUCUCAGCGACCUCUUACCGACCUCUCAGCGACCUCUGACCGACCUCUCAGUGCAGGGACUGGAGAAGCAGGUGUCCAAGAACUACCCAGGACUAGACCUGGGUCCAGCAGGCUCGGCGAUGAAGACCCUACCGUAUGGCAUAGGAGGUAGAGCCGUAGGCACCGGAGGAGGGACCGCAGGGGGAGUUAAACCCCCCUACCAAACAACCUCCCGCAUCUUCUCCACAGGCAUGGACGGGGUCGGCAACCCGCCCAUGAAGCCCCCUCUGAAAAGCCCCACCUAUAGCUUCCUCAACCCUUACGACUGGGCAAAGAAUCAGUCUCUUCUCCUGGACCAGACAGGAUAUCGUAACAAACGCAAACCCUCACUGAAGACGGCACAGAAGACCAAGAAGAUCUUUGGCUGGGGSGAUUUCUACUUCAACGUGAAAACCAUGAAGUUCAGCCUCUUGGUCACCGGGAAGAUCGUGGACCACAUCAACGGCACGUUCACCGUCUACUUCCGCCACAACUCGUCCAGUCUCGGUAACGUCUCCGUGAGUAUCGUCCCUCCAACUAAAGUAGUGGAGUUCGAGGUUCUCCAGCACCACCAACCGGGUCUACACGCACAGCUCCACCCUGAGCUUCACACCCAGAUCACUCAACAACAGACCCCGCACCAGUCCACCUUCGACCCCAAGGAGGUAAAGACCUUCAACUGCCGGGUGGAGUACGAGAAGACUAACCGCUCCAAGAAGCCCAAGCCCUGCCUCUACGACCCGUCUCAGACCUGCUUCUCAGAGCACACUCAGUCCCACGCCGCCUGGCUCUGCGCCAAACCUUUCAAAGUCAUCUGUAUCUUCAUCUCUUUCUUUAGCAUCGAUUAUAAGCUGGUUCAAAAAGUGUGUCCGGACUACAACUUCCAGAGCGAACACCCUUACCUUGGAUAAGAGAGGAGCGAGGAGAGGAGAAAGUCUUGAGCGUGUUUUGAGGGGAUCUGUUUAAGCAAAGGGCCAAACGCAGAAUCACUAAUCUUGAUCUCUCGUUUAAACAGAGAAUGUGUAGUUAUUUGGGAUGCAAGGUGAUUUGUAGAUCAGUGAUCCUGCGCAGUCCGACUGCAAUGUGUUGUUGUCGAUCUCGAACAUGCACAAUGUCAGGACCGAUGACGACGGGGUAGUCUUUUUUUCUGCUCUCAACCUCCCGUUGGAUUGUGGAUAUUAUUCAAAUGAAGUACUGGUUGUCGACAUCAUAGAUUAUAUAAAUAUGGCAGAUUUUUUCAAACGAUUUACGUAAAAACAUUUGUGUUAUUUGUCUUUGAUUUGAAUGUAAAUAAUGUAAAAAAAAAAAAAUCUAUACAGCUCUUAGAAAUUGGUGUUAAUUCAUUUUUGUCUGUUGGAGAAAUCGAAUUUCAAAACAUCAAAACAAGCUUGGAAGUGUGGACGUUUAAGUUGAUGACUUCAUAUUCUCCCUGGUGAUAUAAAUGUCUCAUGCUGUCCUUGUGUAAUCUCGGAACCCAGAAUCUCGGAACCCAGAAUCUUGGAACCCAGAACCAAAUUAAAUGUGCGCAACAGUCUGUCACAAGAGACUAGUCUUUGUAUGGCAUUAUAGGUUCUAGAAGGUUUUCAUGAUUUCAGUCUUACUUUUCUAAUCCUGGAUACAAGAUCAUGAUUAUGGAGUCCUGGAGUUAUAUGGAUACAACACGAUAUUGUACACCGUACUGAGAUUUAUUUUCACAUCCUAUUAUAUUUUACAUUCACUUAACACAUUUAUUAGGCAUUGUAUGAGGCAAGAGUGUUGUAUGAGGCAGAAGCAUUGUAUGAGGCCGGAGAAUUAUUGUAUUAGGCAAGAGCAUUGUAUGAGGCAUUAUAUAAGGAAAUAAAUAUUCAACAAAUGAUAAUAUCUGAUCAGGAAUUUAUUCAGCUGGGUAAUAUCAAAACAUAACUAUUCUAUAGGAUGUUUCUGUCCAAUCAGAAUAUUGUACAUGUAUGUCCAAAGAAAUAAAGAUCAUGGAUACCCUU